CUGAGCCUGAUAUGGAAGACGACGAUGGUGAGCUCAUGUGGCCAGGACAAUUUUCCACAGGCAACAGCCUUGGAUGGUUAUGCAACAUGGGCAGAGCAAUGGUCAGAGAGUAUGGCAAGAGCUACGGCUACGUCGGCUCGGAGGCCCUCAUACCAGAUCCGACCUUACCUGUUCGCGCCCAGCGGUAGCACGCUCAGUGCUGUCCAUUAAGCCCGUUGUUUGCGCAGUCCGUUCCACCGAGGUCCUGUUUACCCAUACACCUUCGCAUACCCCCACUACGUCAGUCACCGUUGUGAAACUAGGAAAUACCCCGCCGUGACUUGUAUUGCUGCGUCUCUUACUAUCCAGGACCUCGGAUGUUUUGAACCUCUUGCGCGCCACUUUUCCUUACCUUUGGUGAAACACUUUUGAAGCAGUACGCCUUUGUCGGACCUAGGCUUGUUGACAUCGCCACAGCUCAUCGGCAUAUGUUUCAACUCCGUUGGCAGCGGAAAGACCUGCAUCGCAAUCAUGGAGCUCUGGCCCGCGAGUCAUUUGAGCUGCAUGGGUUGUUGGUCCUGUUCAUCUAGUUGCCGCCCCGCGCGUCUCCCCACACUCUUCAAUUGUAGCCUUCGCAAUCUUCUCUCCUCUUGUAAAACAUUCAUCUGGUAUCUCACUUGCGCUGUAUUCCCUCCAUAUUCACAUCAGCCGCCUCUACAACGACUCACAAAAGGAACAAAUAUCCCCCCUUGUAACAAUACCACCGCGCGCCUUUUCCUCUUUUUCUUUCCAUCAUCUCAUCGGGUCUCUCUCCUCUACAUCGCAUCCUUCACAUUUGUUUUUCCCCACACCUGCAUCGCUUCCAGAGUCAUCUUGCCGUCGUCUCAGCAACAACUGUUGUUUUCCCGCGGUCACUUUUCGUUCGUCGCCACAACCCCCUUUCUAUCCACCCAUCCCGCUGGUCCCCCUCCACCAUUCUUAUCUCCGCUGACCCCUUCCCCGCGAACGUCGUCCUUUGAUUUUACAACAGUUGUUUUCUCUCACCGCUGUGACCCCGUUUCCCUGUCCAUUUCUCACCGGAUCGAACUGGAGCCUCAUUGUUACUUUUUUCUUUACUUUUUAUCUUCUUUAUUCAUCUCUUGGUUGCUUUCCUUAUCAUCUUAUCCUUUGCAUAUCGCACAUUUUUGUUUUCUAGUACCAUAGUUGCAUCCUUCCAAUUCAGCAAUCGCAUCUCGC